AUAAUACAUCAUCCACGCGUUUUAACAUCAAAAUUGGACAAUAAUCGUGUUAUUUCACGCGGCCUGCACGAUUUUUUGCAGUGAUUACAAUUUUAUAAUUACAAGAAAUUGAAAAAAAAAAGCUUUCAAGGUGCCAACCCACGCCUGACUAAAUUCCCAAACGUUCAAAAUUCCAACCCCACUUUUUUAAACCCGAAAUGGACGCAUUUUUGAAGCGUAAGGCGGAAAAUACCGGCGGCCCUAGCAAAAAACCCAAGCAUGAGGCGUGCCCCCAUGGCCCCAAGUGCUACCGGCGGAACCCGCACCAUUUCCGCGAAUAUGAACACCCCCAUUUAAUAAAAUUACUCGAAAUGGCUAAACCUGAAAUACCGCUAGACUUUCCUUUGGACAAGUCUGUUUAUUUGGAACAAGUGGACAUUUUGCGCCCCUUAUUGAACAUCAAACCGGACGUUAAGCCUAGCACUAGCUCGUCCAGUGUUACCAAUACCACAAAACCGGGGACUAUGCUCGAAAAAUUGCAAAACGCAGCCCCUUAUAACCUGUUUUUUACGACAAUUCCUGAGUCGGCAGAAACGCUCAAACACCCGACUUCGAUCACCUUUACCGAUCUGUUGUGCCCCAGUUUGGGUGAAUUAAAAUGUUCGUUACAGAUUAAUUUCAUGAUUGAUAUUAUGUGGUUGAUGGAGCGGUACAGGGAGCGUAAUUUGGGGAAAAAACCGCUAACGAUUUUAUACGGGGACGAGUUCCCGAAAAUGAAAGAAUUCAUCGAGAAAUUUCUACCAAACGUGAGCCACCAUUACGUCAAAAUGAAAGACCCGUUCGGGUGCCACCAUUCCAAAAUCGGGAUUUAUUUUUACGAAGAUAAUUCCCUUCGUGUUGUUAUCUCAACUGCAAAUUUAUACUACGAGGACUGGAAUCAUUACAAUCAAGGGCUCUGGUUAAGUCCCCCCUGUCCGCAACUGCCCGAAACCGCGACGGAAAAAUCCGGUGAAUCCCCGACCGGGUUCAAGUCGAGUCUCCUAAACUACCUGAAACAUUACAAUUUGCCGGUGUUAAAGCCAUGGAUUGACUAUGUCAAAAGGGCGGAUUUUAGCGCCGUUCGGGUGUUUCUCGUGACUUCCGUCCCGGGGAAACACUACCCGGGGACGCAAGGGAGUCACGUCCACCACGUCGGUGAUUUACUGUCGCGGCAUUGUAGCCUCCCUGCCAAGACAGGGCCCGACAGUGAGGGCCCCCUCUCCUGGGGGAUUAUCGCCCAAGCGUCGAGCAUCGGCUCGAUGGGGAAAUCCCCGGCCGAGUGGCUCCGGAGCACACUUUUGCGCAGUCUUUCCGGCCACAAACAAACCCAACUAGUUUCGAAUUCGAACGCAACGCUUAGUAUUAUUUUCCCGAGUGUUGAUAACGUGAUGAAUGGGUAUUUCGGGGCCGAAAGUGGGGGUUGUCUGCCGUACUCGAAACAAACAAAUGAGAAGCAGCGCUGGCUGCAGAGUUAUUUACACCAAUGGAAGGCGGAUAAGUUGGGGCGAAGUCGCGCAAUGCCACACAUUAAAACCUACUGUCGCGUCUCGCCAUGUUUGUCCAAGUUGGCGUGGUUUUUCAUCACGAGUGCCAAUUUAUCAAAGUCGGCGUGGGGUGGAAAUUUACAGAAGGACAAGGGGGCGUAUGUGAGGAGUUACGAGGCGGGGGUCAUGUUUUUGCCGAAGUUUUUCGAUGAGGAAUAUUUUGAAAUCGAAACUACUCUCAGUGGAAAAAAUAAAAAAUUGUUCCCGUUUAUGUAUGAUCUGCCGCUCACCGAGUACAAAUCGAGCGACUACCCGUGGUGUAAUUAAUUUUUUAUAUCGUAUACAGUUUGUUCAAUAAAAUUUUUCAAAAAUC